AUGGCGGCGUCGAAGGUGGUCGACGGUCCGGUGAUCGGCAUCGACCUGGGGACGACCUACUCCUGCGUGGCCGUCUGGCGGCACGACCGCAGCGAGGUCAUCGCCAACGACCAGGGCAACCGCCUCACGCCGUCCUGCGUCGUGUUCACGGACGACGAGAGCCUCGUCGGCGACGCGGCCGUGAAUCAGGCUGCUUUCAACCCCACCAACACCAUUUUCGAAGUCAAACGACUGAUCGGUCGACGGUUCAGAGACAACUCUGUACAAGAAGAUAUCAAGUUGUGGCCUUUCAAAGUCGUCGCAGGACGUCAGGACAGGCCGACGAUCGUGGUGCAGCAUGAAGGCAAGGAGAGGCAGUUGAUGCCUGAGGAGAUCUCCUCCAUGGUGCUCGCCAAGAUGAGAGAGACAGCCGAGGUCUAUCUCGGCAAAACUGUCAAGAACGCCGUCGUCACCGUCCCCGUAUACUUCAGCAACUCCCAGCGUCAGGCUACGAUCGACGCCGGCGCCAUUGCUGGCCUGAAUAUCUUGCACAUCAUCAACGAGCCGACCGCCGCCGCUCUCGCCUACGGUCUCGAGAAGAUGCCUGUCAGCAACCAAAGGAGGACCGUGCUUGUCUUUGAUCUUGGUGGUGGUACCUUCGAUGUCUCAAUCCUUGAGAUCGAUCCGGGUGUCGGCAUGGGUAAGGGCGUCUUUGAGGUAAAGGCCAUCGCCGGCGACACUCACCUUGGAGGAGCAGAUUUCGACAACGAGAUGGUGGAGUACUCUCUGCGAGAGUUCAUACGGAAACACGGCAAGAUGGACAUAAAAAGCAACCACAAGGCGCUCCGGAGGCUGCGGACUGCCUGCGAAAGAGCCAAAAGGAUACUGUCCUUCACGUCGCAGACCAGGAUUGAGGUGGACUCGCUGCACGAAGGCAUUGACUUCUCCACAAGCAUCACCCGCUCCCGGUUUGAGGAGCUCAACAAGCACCUCUUCAGCAAGUGCAUGGAGGCUCUUGACAAGUGCCUCCAGGACGCCAAGAUUGACAGGAGGAGCAUCCAUGAUGUCGUACUCGUCGGUGGCUCCACCCGCAUCCCCAAGGUGCAGAGCAUGCUUCGAGACUUCUUCGACGGGAAGGAGCUCUGCCGGAGCAUCAACCCCGAUGAAGCCGUUGCCUACGGCGCCGCAAUCCAGGCCUUCAUUCUUAGUGGUGAAGCCAGCGAUGGGAGGUUGUUGGAUAUGCUUCUGCGCGAUGUCACGCCCCUCUCGCUAGGGUUCAGAGUUGCGACGCCGACGAUAGGGAUGGGGCCAACAAUAUAUGAUGUGAUGGAGACGGUGAUCCCACGGAAUACUGCCAUUCCGGUGAAGAAGACGAAAGGCUGUUCCACCUUGGUCGAUAACCAGGACGUCAUCCCCAUCAAAGUGUACGAGGGCGAGAGCAAGAGCACCAGGGACAACAACCUGCUCGGUGAGUUCCUGCUAUCCGGCAUUCCACCGGCGCCUUGGGGCGUACCUAAGAUCGAUGUGACCUUUGAUAUCGACGCAAAUGGCGUCCUGAACGUGUCGGCCAAGGACAUGACCACCGGGUCGACUAACAACAUCACCAUCACUAACCACAGCGGCCGGUUGCGCAAGGAGGAAAUCGAGCGCAUGGCUUUGCAGGUGGAGCGGCAUAGAGGAAACUAGGCGGAUCGAUCAAAGCAGACGAAGCAGGCCAAAUUAAAAGACAAAGCGUGGGAAGAAGUAGUGGUUCCGCAACCUACCUUGAACGGCCACAGGGAUUAUAAUGUCAGUUUUCCUUUAAAGUAUAAGUCGUAUUGCAUAUUGGAUACCUUAAUAAUAAUUAAUAUA